AGCAGACGUCAAGGAGAAAGAUUUAAGGCAGGUUUUUACUUCAAUGAAUACAUGAUCACUAAGAUCAGGUUAUGUGUGGGUCUUUAGAAGCUCGUAUAACACAUACCUCGCAAUGAAUAGUCAGCGAAUCAUGUAAGCUGGAAGUACACCAUCAACACGAUGCCACGAUUCCGUGGACUCUGAACCUUAAUCUCAAUCUCAGCUGAUAUUAGAUCAAUGCGGGUAGAUAGGACCACGAACUAGACAUCAGAGAUAUCAAUAUCAUAGGACGGACUAAACCUCAGAGAUUUGUCAAAUUGAAAUUCACCAUAGGACGGACUAAACAGAGAUAUCAAUGUUUUGAUAGGACGGACUAAACAGUCGAGAUAUCAAUUUCAUAGGACGGACUAAACAGUAGAGAUAUUGAUAUUACGUCAAAAACUCUAAGACGCGGAAGCAGCGACGCGUUGCAUCUCCAAUUUUUCUGUGACAAUAACAAAGCACUGGAACUGAAGAAGGAGAUUGACAGAAAGGUUGACAAUGCUAUUAAGAAGGAAAAUGAGUAUGAGGAGAACGCAAGAAGAGCAUCGGUUUCGCUUAUGGGUAGCUUUUAUAUCCAUCUUUUUCGGCAUCUUGGUCACCUUUUGCCUUGUAUUCUGCUCAUGAAAUACAAGGGGAGGGUCGAGAUGAGGGGACCAAGAUGGAAGGGAGCCGAGUCUAAAGUGGAGAAGCCGGAGCAGUCGACUGCUGCAGCCAGUUCCUUUUUGAAACCACAAGGCGAACAAACUACUCCCACUGCUACUACCACGUACAAAACUGCCAUGGUAUCUUCUUACGGCGGUUUUACUGGAUCAUUCAUAGAUAUUAAUGUACUAUACCAUUCUCACAAAUGAGGCUUAAGAUGAUACAUAGAAUCAUUCAAUCGAAUUGAAUAUCCAUAUGCAUAGCCUCCAUUGGGAAAUGAGUAGACAAAUGAAUGAAAUGGUGCAAUUCUCUUCACUUGCAGUCUCUUUACAUUAGUUUUACGCUGCUCGUCUAAUCUUUCGCAAUUCUGAC